AUGUCUGAGGGCUUGAGCGGCCUGUCCUUGUCCAUCAGCAGGAACCACAACGACCUGCAGGAGAUGACAGAGAAAGAGCUCCAAGGACAAUGUUUCAGAAUUGUCUUCCCCGUGUCUCCUGCUGGGCUUUACUGCUGCUAUGCAGUGAUCCUUGUCCUAACUGGAGCUGUGAUUGCACUUUCUGUUGCUCUGUCAUUGUCAGUGACAAAAGAGAAAGUGGCCAUUGAGAGCCCUGAAACUGAUUAUGCUACUUGCCCAAGAGACUGGAUUGGAUUUGGAAGUAAAUGUUUUUAUUUUUCUGAAUACACAAGUAACUGGAUUGCUAAUAGUCAACCUAAUUUCCUGAAUAGAUUCAAGGGGGAUUCUGCCACCUGGAUCGACCUGCACAGAGAGUCAUCAGAGCACCCUUGGAUGUGGACAGACAACACUGAAUAUAACAACUUGGUUCUCACCCGAGGAAAUGGAGAAUAUGCCUACCUGAGUGACAGUGGGAUCAGCAGUGGAGGGAACUACAUAUGA